CUCCAUAGUGACGAAGACCAGCCACUUUUUCCCAGCUUUGAGGAAGUUCUCUGAUUAGAAACUGCAGCGUCUUCAUGAAAUAACUGAUAUUCUUUGGACUCUGCAAAUGUGUCAGAGUUAGCAACAGCAAGGCAUGUCUGGGGCUGUUUGGUUUCUUCUGAUCCUAACUGCGCACUGCUUGUCGCUGGUGCGUAGUGACAGCGUUUGUCCUUGUGAAACUCGGGACCUCUGCAAACAGAUCACCGAUGUGAAGGAGUUCGAAGUGUACGUCUUUGACGUCGGAGGAAAAACAUGGAAGUCUUAUGACUGGUCUAAAGUCACAACUGUUGCAGCGUUUGGGAAGUUUGAUCCGGAGCUCAUGUGCUACGCCCAUUCCAAAGGAGCUCGACUCGUCCUGAAAGGAGAUGUGCCCCUCAGCGACAUUGUAGACCCAUCCAACAGAACAGCCUGGAUCUUGGAGAAGGUGACCUUGGCAAAGAAGCAGUUCAUGGAUGGGAUCAAUAUUGACAUUGAGCAGGAAGUGGAGGAGGCCUCACCAGAAUACUAUGCAUUGACCGCACUGGUCAGAGAGACCACAGAGGCCUUCCAUAGGGAAAUUCCAGGGUCACAGGUAUCGUUUGAUGUUGCGUGGUCUCCCAAGUGUAUCGAUAAGCGCUGCUAUGACUAUGUUGCCAUAGCAGAGGUGUCUGACCUGGUGUUUGUGAUGUCUUACGACGAACAGAGCCAAAUCUGGGGUGACUGUAUUGCAAAGGCUAAUGCGCCACUGAACCAAACACUAACAGCGUAUGAUGACUACAUCACACUGAAGAUUGACCCAAAGAAAUUAGUGAUGGGAGUGCCUUGGUAUGGCUACGACUACACCUGCGUGGAACUGUCACAGGAGGGCAUCUGCACUAUCCGGAAGGUGCCAUUUCGGGGCGCACCUUGUAGCGACGCAGCUGGGCGCCAGGUUCCCUACAAGAUCAUGAUGAAACAAAUCAACGGCUCCAUUUCUGGGCGCAUGUGGGAUGAGGUGCAGCACGCGCCCUACUACAACUACAAGGUACUGAAGUCUCAGGCAGUGAGAAGUAGAAGCAACAUUUUUGAUGAUCAAGGACAGAUCCAUCAGGUGUGGUACGAUGACCCAGAGAGCAUUUCUCAGAAGGCGGCCUACGUCAGGGAAAGAGGCCUGCGGGGUAUCGGCAUGUGGAAUGGUAAUCUGCUGGAUUAUGGGAGCAACCCUGUCGCCCGGCAACAGACCAGGGCCAUGUGGAGCGCUCUUAAACCAGCAGCUCAGAGACUCAGGAGCACGGCCUCUGCGGACUGAAGCAGUGGCUUGCCUGGAAAACAGGAGAUAUGUUCUGGAGCACUAAAUUAAUUGCUUAAUUUGCAACAACCGUAAAAGGAUAAAAAUGAAAGAACUCCCUGGAGCAUGAUUGUUUUUGCUUUUGAGCGGAAGAAUUGAUUCACACAUUCUUUGACAUUUUUAAAAUUUUCCUUGAAAGAGAAUUUAAUAUUUUCCUAAGCCUAAAAGGUGUAUAAUACUGGUAUGAAUAUGGUUUGUAAAUUUUACAUGAUUCUGUAUUUACAUCUUCUCAACAUUAAAAUGAAAAAAA